CUAUGCUAAUUAAGAUCAGAUAUCCAAACACUGUCACCGUCAUGAUUUCGUUUGUCUAUUUAAACUUGAUGAAUUAUUAAUGAGUUUGAGAAUAAAGUAUCUUUAGGUAUUAGUUCUGGAACCUGGUCUGCCAGAUCAAGAGUCCAACACACUUUGUCUCCUACGAACUGGGAUUUUAAACAUUACAAAUUAUGCGUAAAAUAAUGUUUCUUUCUUGAUCUCUUUUUCAGUUUUUCUGUUCCAUGGCUUCCACAUUCACAUUGAACUUUUGUUUGACUGGUAUUUUUGGUUAUGGCUGGGGUUUAUUCAAUCAGCCUGGCUUGCUCAACUUUGGAGACUUCAGGUGUAAGGAAGGAACAGAGAAGUGUGAUCUGUGGAACCUACAGGAUGUUCUGAUCUUCAUUGCUAUGGGCUUUGUUGGUGGUCUUCUUGGAGCCUGGUUCAAUGCUUUGAACAAACAUCUCACAGUCCAUCGCAUCUUGCAUGUCUAUUCACGAGCUAAGCAUGUUAGGAUUCUUGAAGCUGUUCUGGUUGGUUUUCUCACCACUUCAGUAGCAUUCUUUGGUCCAAUAUACCUUGCACGCUGCAAGACACUUCCUCCUGGCAGCACUAAGGGGAAUGACACCAAGCCUUACUUUUGUCAAGAUGGACAGUUCAAUGACAUGGCCACAUUGUUCUUUACCUCUCAGGAGUCAGCAAUCAGGCAACUUUUCCAUCUUGAUGGUGCCUUUAGUCUGACAUCCCUGGGGAUCUUUUUCAUCUGUUUCUACUUCCUGGCCUGCUGGACAUAUGGUGCCAGUGUUCCUAGUGGUCUGUUUGUUCCUUGCUUGUUGUGUGGUGCAGCUUAUGGCCGCUUUAUUGGAGAACUUUGCAGGCUGUUGGGAUACCAGCACACAUAUCAUGGAACAUUUGCACUGAUAGGAGCAGCAUCAUUCUUGGGGGGAGUUGUGCGCAUGACAAUCAGCUUGACUGUCAUCCUAAUAGAAUCAACCAAUGAAAUCAGUUAUGGCCUGCCAAUCAUGAUAACACUCAUGGUAUGUAUAAUCCUGCUUUUUUUAUGUACGGUGUACCUACUUUAAUUUACAGGUUCUGUAAGUAGCUUACUAUGAAACUAUAUCUGUGCAGUAAUGAGUUGACUCUUGUCAUUAUUUAACUUCCAACCCCCAUGCAUUUUCUUUGAUUAUUGUCUGGACUUAUCAUUAUUUCAUCUUAUUGUGUGGCUGGCUCUUUGAGCGGGCAAGAAUCAAAUCCUGCACUGUGAUUGGCUACCUGAGCGGGCAAGAUAGAGUUAUCUUGCCCGCUCAGGACUA